AUGCAAGUCUGCGGGGAUCUGCUGUGCACCAAAGAGGAGGCGGCCAGUCUGGCUGCGCUUCACAUUCACCUCGACACCCGAUGGCCCACCGGUCGUCUGCCACCCCAUCUGCUGCUCUCCUCCAGUUUAUCCGGCUCCAUGUGGAUCUCGGGAGCUCCGACCGCGACGGCUCUCGGUCCGCUUUCUGCGCUUGGAUCCGGCGGACUCUUCAGUGCAGUCGGGCCCGCCGUCCGCAGUGGUCUGGGCAGCAGCCUCUGUAGCACUGUCAACUUCGGCCCCGUCAACAACAAUUGCAGCACAAACUUGCGAAAGAGGGCCUCAAGUUUCAGUCUUACACCGGCGUCGAUCCGUGCGAGGUUGAAUGGCCGACUGUCGGUAAUACUAUAA